AUGUCAGGAAUCAAGACUUAUGCAUCUUUAGCGGAUUUAACAAAAGGUCGUUCUAUACCUCCCCCACCACCACCACCACCACCUUCUUCCUCUUCCUCUUCUUCAUAUAUCACCGAAAAUUCACAUAAACAAAAAUAUCAAGAUCCAUCUCAUCCCAUGGAUCCUAGGACCGAAAUGGAAUUCAAGAAUUAUGGUCAUUCAAAUAUCAGAGGAAAUACAACCCAACAAAUGGAUCAUAAAAGGUUUAAAGAAGAUAAGAAAAUAGAAGGAUUGGACAGUAGACUUGAAGGAAAAAAAGAAAGGAAAUUACCUCCUUUUCCACAACAAGGUAUGUUAUCGGAUAUCCCUCCCAUACCACCUAAACGACCUGGAAAUAAAGAAGAAACGUAUAUAUCAAAAGCAACUUCUUACGUGCCUGUAGCGGCUAACGGUGCGAUACAUUCAGCUGGUGCUGGAUUAACUUCAGCUGGUAAUUAUAUGAGAGAAGGAGCUGGAAGUGUUUUCACUCAUCAAAGAGCUGAUCAAAUCGGGAGUGAUGACAGGAAGUAA